AUGGCUUCCGCAGAUAAGGGUCUCGAGGAGAUCCCAGAAGGUCAAAUCGAAUCCAACUAUGACGAGACCGUCGACUCUUUCGACACCAUGAACUUGAAGGCAGAGCUUCUCCGAGGUGUCUACGCCUACGGUUUCGAGCGCCCUUCCGCUAUUCAGGCUCGUGCCAUUAUGCCAGUCAUUAAAGGUCACGAUGUCAUUGCGCAAGCUCAAUCUGGUACCGGAAAAACCGCCACCUUUUCCAUCUCCGUUCUCCAAAAACUCGACCCAAACAUCAAGCAGUGCCAGGCUCUUAUCCUCGCCCCAACCCGAGAACUUGCCCAGCAGAUCCAGAAGGUCGUUGUUGCCAUUGGAGACUUCAUGAACGUUGAGUGCCACGCCUGCAUUGGUGGUACCAGUGUUCGUGACGACAUGAAGGCUCUUCAGGAGGGUCCUCAAAUCGUUGUUGGUACUCCAGGUCGUGUCCAGGACAUGAUCCAACGUCGUUUCUUGAAGACCGACUCAAUGAAGAUGUUCGUUCUCGAUGAGGCUGAUGAAAUGCUUUCCCGAGGUUUCACCGAGCAAAUCUACGAUAUCUUCCAAUUGCUCCCUCAAUCUACCCAGGUUGUCCUCCUUUCCGCCACCAUGCCACAGGAUGUUCUCGAGGUUACCACCAAGUUCAUGCGCGAUCCCGUUCGUAUCUUGGUCAAGAAGGCCGAACUUACCCUCGAGGGUAUUAAGCAGUUCUACAUUGCUGUUGAGAAAGAGGAUUGGAAAUUGGACACCCUUUCCGAUCUUUACGAGACGGUCACAAUUACUCAAGCCGUCAUUUUCUGCAACACAAGACGGAAGGUCGAUUGGCUUACCGACAAACUCACUGCCCGUGAUUUCACUGUGUCCGCCAUGCACGGAGACAUGGACCAAGGUCAGCGUGAUUUGAUUAUGAAGGAAUUCAGAUCAGGAUCUUCCCGUGUCCUGAUUGCCACUGAUCUUUUGGCUCGUGGUAUCGAUGUCCAACAGGUAUCUUUGGUUAUCAACUACGAUCUUCCAGCCAACCGUGAAAACUACAUUCACAGAAUCGGUCGUGGUGGUCGUUUCGGACGAAAGGGUGUUGCCAUCAACUUCGUUACCGCUGAUGAUGUCCGUAUGAUGAGAGAAAUUGAGCAGUUCUAUAGCACUCAAAUUGAGGAGAUGCCAAUGAACGUUGCCGAUCUCAUCUAA